AUGCCCGCGACGGAGUCGACGGACUAUGAUAAAGUGAAGGUCACCCUGCUACAGAGGUUUCGGUUAACGGCCGAGGGAUUCCGAGAAAGGUUUCGAGGCAGCAAGCCCAAUGAUUCAGAGACAGGGAAACAGUUUGCAUCCCGCUUGUCAGGUUAUCUCGACCGAUGGAUCGAGAUGUCAGGUACGGAGAAAUCGUACGAAGAAAUCAAAGCUCUAAUGGUGAAGGAGCAGUUCUUGUCCUGCUGCCACCCGAAGCUGGCCAUAUUCCUAAAGGAGCGGAGGCUUAAGACAGUGGAGGAGUUGACGGACUUCUCUGACCAGUUCAUGGAAGCACAGGACCUGAGAAACCUGGGAAAAGCGAAAGAAGAGAGAGUAGCGAUCGAUGUCAUCGGACCCAUCUCCCCGUCAUCGAGGAAAGGCAACCGCUACGUACUAACUUUGGUGGAUAUGGCCACUAGAUACCCGGAUGCCGUGGCUCUGAAGACUAUCAAUACUGUGGAGAUUGCAGAGGCACUGCUGGAGGUGUUCGCUCGGUAUGGAGUUCCCAAGGGGAUACUCAGCGACCGAGGGUCGAACUUUACAUCAGACCUAAUGAGGGAAAUCAACCGGCUGAUGUCCAUUCAGCAACUGCUAACCACGCCUUACCACCCCAUGUGUAACGGUUUGGUAGAAAGAUUCAAUGGGACUAUUAAGCAUAUGGUGAAGAAGAUGUGUCAAGAAAGGCCCGCUGAUUGGGACCGGUACCUACCUGCACUGUUAUUUGCCUAUCGAGAGGUCCCACAAUCAAGCUUAGGAUUUUCACCGUUCGAGAUGUUAUACGGCAGAACCGUGAGAGGGCCACUAGCCAUUCUUCACGAACUUUGGACCAACCAAGAGCUCGAAGCUGAACUGAAGACAACGUAUGCCUAUGUGCUGGAACUUCGAGAGAGAUUAGAGGAGACCUGCAAGAUGGUGCAUGAGAAUCUGGAUAAAGCCCGGGAAAAGUACAAGAAGUUCUACGACCGCAAGGCGGUAGACAGACAGCUUAAGCCAGGAGAAAGAGCGCUUAUCUUACUCCCAAGUGACAGAAAUAAACUGACCAUGCAAUGGAAAGGACCGUUUCCGGUGACACGGAAGAAGAAUGACGUCGACUACGAGCUACAGUUAAAUGGAAACAAAAAGAUUUUUCACAUAAACAUGCUGAAGAAAUACGAAGAGAGAAGCCCCCCUAACAAUCAGAAAAUUGCCUGUAUGGUAAUCAGCGAAGAGGAAGAGGUCGCAGAAAGGCCCACGUGCAACCUUGCAAAGAGCAUGGGAUCGGAGAAAGUGAUUAUCAGUCCCGAACUCAAUGCCAACAAAACAUCGCAAGUUAAAGCCCUCCUAGGAAAGUAUGAAGAAGUCUUUUCUGAUGUACCUGGCAAGACAACAGUUCUCAGUUGCAAAAUACGGCUGACGACCGAACAGCCGGUACACGUCCGGCAGUAUCCACUGCCCUUAUCGGCUCAAGAUCCACUCGAAACAGAAGUAAAGGAGAUGCUCCGCAUGGGGAUCAUAGAGCGUACAGAGUCCGCUUACAACUCGCCAUUGGUGGCGGUCAGAAAGGCUGAUGGCUCAUACCGGAUAUGUGUGGACUUUAGGCGCCUAAACGGCAUUCUAAUCGCAGACGCAGAACCCAUCCCGAGAACAGAUGUUGUUUUCGCGCGAGUUGCACACAGGAAGUUCUUCUCAAAGUUCGACCUGGCCAAGGGGUAUUGGCAAAUACCAAUAGAGGAGGAAUCCAAAGACAAAACGGCGUUCUCCUGCGCGAGCGGAUUGUUCCAGUUCAGAUACAUGCCGUUCGGACUCAAGACAGCGGCAGCGACGUUCACUAAGCUUAUGAGGCGGGUUCUUGAAGGAAUCGAACACGUGGAGCACUAUAUAGAUGACAUUGUGGUGGCUACAGACACGUGGGAAGAGCACCUACAGGUCCUCGAGAAAUUGUUCCAGAGACUUAGAGUGGCUAACUUCACAGUCAAGCCCACUAAAUGCGAAGUCGGCUUCGAGGCAGUCUCGUUUCUCGGCCACAAGAUCGGCAUGGGUCACAUUGCAACAAAAGACGAUAUCCUAGAAAGGAUCCAAGCAGCAGAAAUACCUAAAACAAAGAAGCAAGUGCAAUCGUUUUUGGGUUUAACCGGAUAUUACCGGGAGUUCAUCCCGCGAUACGCAGAGGUAGCUAACCCGCUGGUGGAGCUAACCAAGAAAGGAGCCCCGAACACCGUUAAGUGGACAGAAAAGGAGGAGGCGGCGUUUCGACAACUAAAGAAGCGAAUGGAAGAGCCGCCCGUCUUACUUGCACCGAACAUGAGCAAGGAGUAUUACGCCAUCAUGUAUCCACUCAGCUUCCGGUGGACUCGGCGUCGGGGACCGCACAUCAUCCUUGUCAUCUGGGUGGUGGCAGGCAUGCUGUCCAGCGUGCAGCUUGUGUACGGUCGCGCCAAAGAGUUCACGUGGGCCGAGGAAACCUACUACGACUGCACUGAGGACUGGGAGGCCAACGCCGGCAAGGUGUACACGGCUGUAAUAUUCACGGUGACCUUCCUGACCCCGAUGCUGGCAUUGACCUUCACCUACUCGUCCAUCGGUUGGAAGAUGUGGCGCCACACUUCACCGGGUAACGCUGACGCCCAGAGGGACCAGCAGCAGCUCUCGGCAAAAAUGAAGGCGAGUGGCCAGCUGCACAUGAUCGUCGAUGGCAUUGUUGCUCUUUCAAUAUCGACCUAUAUACGGUCGAGUGUGUAG